AUGUCCAGCCCGACCAGUAAAACCUCGGCUUCGCCUCGGCUUUGCAAAAGUCGGGCAGAUAUUGAAGACUCUGGCGGUGAAGAUGUAAUACCAGUACGCAGAUCAAUGAAAGGCUUACACGGUCACAUCAGUCGAGGAAAUCGAAGACACGUGGACCACGUAGAUGCCAAAUGGGAUACCUCUGACAUGGAUGUCGACGACGCUCCUGCCGCAUCAUCCAGGCGCGCACUUUCAAACAAAGAACAAACGAAGGAUUCUGGAAAAUCUUUGAUCUUGCCUAGCUUGACUUCUUUGUUACCGUAUGUUAAGACAAUUCUUGUAGAAAUAAUCAAGCAAAUAGGCGGCACUAAGUUUGAAAAACUUGGUCAGGAUGCACUUGCUUUGGUCGAGGAUCUUGUUGUACUUAUAUCCAGUUAG